GGUACCUAUGGCACAUGUACCUAUUCAUUUAAACAUGGAGGUAUCCAUGGAUCUGAUUAUGUAAACUCCUCCAUCACUCAGUAGACUUUCCGGCUUAGAGGUGGAGAGCCUCCCACCUUAUUGCAACCAACCGCGAUACCCUCGCAUCUUCGCUUCCGUGGUCUUCCGCCGCCGCCCCAGCCGCUAUCGUCCUCCCCAGAUGCGAGCGGCCAUAUGGAUGCGGGCGUCGACACGAAUGACGUCCGCUCGAAAGUGCUUCAAAAUACCCUAGCAGAAGUCGCAUCACGGAGCCGAGAGGACACAGACGAUCCGACCGAAGCCUGCUGUGUCAUCUGUCUCGAUAGCAUCACCCAACCUUGCGCCGCCCGUCCUUGCAGCCAUCGCAACUUCGACUACGUCUGCCUCCUAAACUGGCUAGAACGGCAGACCACAUGCCCGCUUUGCAAAUGUCAGAUCGAGGAGGUCUGGCACGACCUCGAGGGCGACGACCCCGACAAGAAGACGGCCGUCUACAAAGUCCCCCGUCCGACAGAGCAGCCGUCGCAACAGCGUAUACAACCACAGCUUCUGCCCUAUCCUCCCCGGAGUGACCCCCUGCGGCCGGACCGACGACGUCAUGAAGAUGCACCUCGGCGGGUGACGCCGGAUGAGGCGAUCCUCCGCCGGCGACACAUCUACCGAAACCAGCUCUACUCCUUGCACGUAGGCUCGAAUCGUAGAUCCGGGUAUCGAGAUUUGACACCCCAGAUUUUCGCAUCCGACCCCGGCAUGGUCUCGAGAGCGCGGACUUGGCUGAGAAGGGAAUUACAAGUAUUCGAAUAUCUCCACACACCACCGACAGGACAGUUCAGCGACGAAGCGACGACGAGGAGGCGCGCGAACAAUGCCGAGUUCCUGCUCGAGUAUAUCAUCGCAAUUCUCAAAACCGUCGACAUCCAAGGGAGCCAAGGACAGGCAGAGGAGAUGCUCAAGGACUUCCUCGGCCGCGACCAUACGAGGCUACUCCUUCACGAGCUGAACAACUUCCUGCGCAGCCCGUUAUCAAUCGAGGCUUGGGAUCGGAAGGUACAAUACCCCCCGAUAAGGAAGCGGCCGAUGGAGGACGGGCAAGAUAACCAAGACGAACGAGCAAGGCAGAGUCAUCGGAGACGAUUGGCAGACGCAGAGCUGAAUGGGCGGCCCCACGGAGAGCCGGCUGGGCAGAGAUGGCGAGCGGGCAGUUCAUAUCGCCCUACCUACACAAGUCACUACCAUCGAACAGCGGAAGACCGUCGUCGGCCUCGACCCGACUAAAUCCAUAUACCCCCCUAACUCCUCUCGUAUGCACAUUGCGGCCUGGACAGACUGUCUCGGGAUCAUAUCUGUUCCUGUCACAUCCUCCGAGUACAUCUAACUACGCAUCGUAUCAAAUCAUCGCCUCUACAAGAUUCGUUAGAAACCCGACCUGUAGCGUUUUCUGGCAUUAGUUUCCUUUGCGCCGUGCCAUUUAUCUAGCUGUUGGGAAACGGUAGUGAAAAUCCCCUGCCGGUGCUGUUGGGGCCGCAAGAAACUAGAUAGAAUUUUACCAAGAGUAGAGGUUUGGAUAAUGAAAAACUUCUUCAUGCCUAUCUUUAUUUUUAUUUUCUUUUGCCUAGGUGCCUACAUCUACCUUAGCACCCCUAGGUAGUUACGGUUCAUCGUUGCAUUAGCCUACGUAUGUCCCUCGGUCUCAAUUCGAGAACAGGCCUAGAGCUGUCCGUGGCUCCGCG